AUGGCCACCACCAUUGUCAUCAAGUGUGUCAGCUGCGGGGCCAUGCUCGGCGUGCCCCCUCCGUCCGAGCAGCCGUCUCCGCUUGGCCAGUGCCCGUGCGGAGCCGUCAUUCCGCUCAACGCUGUCAACUCGGCCGCCGCCGCGUCGUCGUCGCCGCCGGCUCCGGCUGCCCCCUCGCCCACCCCGGCCUCGCUCCCGGACGGCUGGGAGGCCCAAGUCGAUGCUGCGUCCGGCCGAACGUACUACAUUGACCACAACACCCGAACGACGUCGUGGAGCCACCCAGAGGCGAAGCCGUCGCCCGCCGCAGUCACCGAUGUCGCCGCUGUCGCCGCCACGGCCUCGAUCUCGUUCACCCUCAACGGCAAGCCGGUCACCAUCGACUCGCCGGAUCCUGCGAUGUCGCUGCAGACCUGGCUCCGUGAGGUCGCGCUCCACACCGACGUCAAGCGGAUGUGCACCCAGGGCGGGUGCGGCGCGUGCCUCGUCGUCCUCUCGGGGACAAACGCCGGGACCGGGCGGGUCGAGCACCUGGCCGUCAACUCGUGUCUCCACCCGCUGAUGGCGGUCAAUGGCUGGGCCGUGACCACGCCUAUCGGCAUCGGCUCGCAGACCUCGGGCUUUCACCCUGUCCAGCUUCGUCUUGCCGACAACAACGGCUCGCAGUGUGGCGCGUGCUCGCCUGGCCAGGUCAUGGCCGCCUACGCGCUGUUCAAGGCCAACCCCAACGCGACCGAGCUUGACGUCGAGAUGAACACCGACGGCAACAUCUGCCGCUGCACCGGCUACUUUCCCAUCCUACAGGCCUUCAAGUCGCUCGUCGCCUCGUCGGCCAAGGGCGAGCUCACUCGCGAGCACCUCACCCUCCCGCACGAAGCCGCCGCCGCUUCCUCUGCGGCCGCCCCUGUCGCCGUCAAAAUGCCGGCCACCCUCGCCCGAGUCGCCGCUCCGACGGCUGCUCCGUGGUUUGCCCCGUCAACCAUGGCCGAGCUCUUUGCCACCAUGGCCACCAACCCCGGCGCCCGCCUUGUUGCCGGAAACACGUCGACAGGCGUGUACCCGUACCCGCCGGCCACCUUUCCGCAGGCCAUUGUCGAACUCAACGGAGUCUCAGCCCUCCAUCAGCUCUCGCUCUCGCCGACCGAGCUUACCGUCGGCGCCGGCGUCUCGCUCGCCCGCCUCCUGGCGUUCCUUCAGGAGCAUGUGGCGGCGUCGGCCACGUUCCCGGCCCUUGUUGAACACCUGAACAAGGUUGCCAACACCCCCGUCCGCAACGUGGCGUCGUGGAUCGGCAACCUGGUCAUGACCCACGACCACGCCGACUUUCCCUCGGACGUCUUUACCAUUUUUGAUGCCGCCAACGCCCGGCUCACGCUCGCCACGCCGGCCAACCAGGCCGGCUCGGUCGUCGACUUUGGCACCUUCCUCACCACGUCGCUCGACGGAGUGCUGGUGACCAAAAUGACGGUCCCGCUCUAUGGCGCCGACGUCCAGUUCAAGACCUUCAAGGUCAUGCAGCGCCACGUCAACUGCCACGCCUACGUCAACGCCGGCUUCCUCGUCUCGCUCGGCACGAGCUCGGUCAUCAACUCGGCCCGCAUCGUCUACGGCGGUGCCUUCCUCGCUGGAAAGUCCGUCACUGACGCCGCCACCCUCUCGGGCGCGCUUGCCACCCUUGUCGCCGAGCUCAAGCCUAACGCCGAGCCCGGGUACCUCGCCUACCGCACCGCGCUCAUCCCGGCCCUCUUCUACUCGUACUACUGCACACUGCUCCCGGCCGGCUCGGUCCCGGCAAGCCUCGAGAGCCUCGUCACGCAGUUUGAGCGCGGCGUCUCGUCGCACGCCGUCACAUUCAAGACCGAUCCGUCCGAGGACCCGGUCUCGGCCCCGAUCUCCAAGCUCUCGGCCAAGCUGCAGGCCUCUGGCGAGGCCGUGUACACCGACGACCUCCCGCCGGCUGCGAACCAGCUCUUUGGUGCCUUUGUCCUCUCCACUGUUGCCUCGGGCAAACUGCUGAGCAUCGACGCCUCGGCUGCGCUCGCCCUCGACGGCGUCGUCGCUCUCCUCACCGCUGAUGACUUUCCAGCCAACGGCGCCAACGCCUGGUGGGCCGACCUGCCGGUCUUUACCCCAGUCGGCGCCGACAUCGGCUUUCACGGGCAGGCCAUCGGAUUCAUUGUUGCUGAGAGCCAUGAGCUCGCCCUCGCCGCCGCCGCGCUUGUCACGGGCAACUAUGGGCCUGGAGCGCCGCCGGUCUUCACCAUCGACGACGCCGUUGCCGCCGGCCGCUUUGUGCCCGGCAACGAGGUGCCGAUCACCCAGGGCGAUGUCGCCUCGGGCUUUUCCUCGGCCCAGCACGUGGUCGAGGGCGUGUUGGAGAUGCCGUCGCAGGCGCACAUGACGAUGCAAACCCAGGUCGCGUCGGCGGCCAUCGUCGACGGCGACCUUGUUCAGCUCGACGUCGCCACGCAGUGGCCGGCCAUGACCCAGACGACGGUCGCCACCGCCCUUGGCCUUGAGCACAACAAUAUUGACGUUGUGGUCCGCCGCAUUGGCGGCGCCUACGGCUCGCGCAUCUCGUGCGCCAACCAGCCUGCCGUCGCCGCCGCCCUCGGCGCGUACCUGCUGCAGCGCCCGGUGCGGACCCAGAUGGACAUUGAGACCAACAUGAGGCUGGUCGGCAAGCGCUUUGCGCACCAGGCCAAGUACAAGGUCGGCUUCAACAACGACGGCAAGAUUGUUGCCGUCCAGGUCGAGAUCAUCUCCGACUGCGGGUAUGCCAACUCGGGCAUGGGCUCGGCAACCUCGAUGUACGUCGACAACACGUACAACGUGCCCAACUGGUCUAUCACCGGCAAGUUUGUUACCACCAACAAGCCGCCGAACACCGCGUGCCGUGCUCCGGGUGCGCUCCCCGGCAUCGCCUUUAUGGAGCGUAUCGUCGACCGUGUCGCCAUCGAGCUCGGCGCCGACCCGGCCACCGUCCGCACCGCCAACUUUUACGUCGCCAACGACGUGACGCCCACCGGCGCCCCGCUCAAGUACUGCUCGAUCGGCUCGCUUUGGGCCAAGCUCGCGUCGUCGGCCGACGUGUCUGCGCGGCUCGCGGCCGUCACCUCGUUCAACGCCUCGUCGCGGUGGAUCAAGCGCGGCCUCGCCAUGACUCCGGUCCGUUACGGCAUUGGCUGGGCAGGCAACAACAUGGCGACCCAGAUCAUGGUCAACGCAACUGACGGCUCGGUCUGGGUUCGCUCCUCGGGCAUCGAGUCAGGCCAGGGCCUCAACGUCAAGGUUGCCGCAGUCGUUGCUUUGGAGCUCGGCAUCCCCAUGGACCUCAUCAAGGUUCUCCCGGCCUCGACGUCGGGCACGCCCAACACUGGCGUGACGGGUGGCUCGAUCGGCUCGGGCGAGUGCUGCGCCGCGGCGCUUAUCGCCGCAAAGGAGCUCAACGCCGCGCUCGCGCCGGUCAAGGCCAUGCUCACUAGCGCCGCCGCGGGCGCGCCGCCGGCCUGGAUGGCGCUCGUCUCCAAGGCCAACGCCGCAGGCGUCAACCUCUCGGCCUACGGCUGGCUUGCCCCAAAGCCGCCGGCCGCCGGCCCGUUCCGCUACUCGUCGUACGGCGCGGCCGUCGCCGAGGUCGAGGUCAACGCGCUCACCGGCGAGACCCAGAUCCUCCGCUACGACGUGCUCUUCGACUGCGGCAUCUCGCUCAACCCGGCCAUCGACGUCGGCCAGGUCGAGGGCGCCACCGUCAUGGGCAUCGGCAACUUUGUGUGCGAGGAGCUCGUGUACGACGCCACUACCGGCGCCCUCGUCACAGACUCGACCUGGACCUACAAGCCGCCGUCGUCGCGCGACAUCCCCAUCGACAUGCGCGUCGAGCUCCUUCCCGACGCGCCCAACCCGACUGGUGUGCUCUCGUCCAAGGCCUCGGGCGAGCCGCCGCUCACCCUCACCGUCUCGGUCUUCCUCGCCCUCAAGAACGCCAUCGCCGCCGCUCGCGCCGACGCCGGCACCACCGGCUUCUUCGCCAUCGACCCGCCGCUCACCCCCGCCGCCAUCCAGCAGGCCUGCCUCGUCUCGCUCAAAGAUCUCACCUUUUAA